CAAAAACUGCACUUCAAUUGAAAAUUAGUUUGUGACCGCAACGCGACAAUUCACGUUGUCUCGAUUAAGUGUCUAAAAUUUGGUGAUUUUGGCAGACCUAAAAAAAUUUGGCUGUUACAUUAAUUAUAAAAAUUUAAAAUGGGUGUACCUGCAGGAAACGCUGAAAAUGGAAAGAAAAUUUUUGUACAACGAUGUGCCCAGUGCCACACUGUUGAAGCUGGUGGCAAACACAAAGUAGGACCGAAUCUACAUGGAUUCUUUGGCCGAAAAACUGGCCAGGCUGCAGGAUUCUCAUACUCCGAUGCCAAUAAAGCUAAGGGCAUUACAUGGAAUGACGACACUCUCUUUGAAUAUCUUGAGAAUCCCAAGAAAUACAUCCCUGGAACCAAGAUGGUGUUUGCUGGACUCAAGAAGGCAAAUGAGCGUGCUGACCUUAUUGCCUAUCUCAAAUCUGCUACCAAGUAAUUUUAAAGUAAUAGAAAAUUCCAUAAGAAGCAUUUUCCAUAACAUUUCUGGGAUUUACUUCUUAUUUAGCCCAAUCAGUAUGAUCAGUUAUGUAUUCAGCAAUGUUACAAUUGCACUAUAAUAUUAAAGUAUUUGUUAGUUCCAAAUCACAACACAAUCAUUUGCAGUUGUUGUUUGUGAAUACAUAUGUACCUGGUACAUAAUGUAUUGUGUGAUGUAAUUUAUACUCUCUUGACAAUGCUGUGAGUGAUUAAAUGUUAAAUUAUUAAUAGAUCUUGUAAGUUUUGUGAUAGUCUUUUCACAAAAAAAUUGUCAUUAGCAAUAAAUUUCAUUAAUUUAUUCUAGGUCCUACAAUGUUACCAACUUUAAAUUAUUAAAUUGUAAAAUAACACUAAUAAAGACAAGUUCUUUAGAACAAAUAAAAG